UUGUUUUAUUUUGAAAGUCAUCACAGGAAGCUAUCAGACAUCAUCCUGUUUCACUUCACACUGAGAGGCACAUCUUUGAUUUCAUGCAAAGUAAGCAGGAGCUGCAGGAUCAUGUGGAAUACUUUCAUGGAGACAUCCUGACACUGAAGACACAAGGAUGUCUUGGCCCGCUCUGUACACUCAGUUGGUCGGGGCGAACCGUCAUGCCACCAGCCUGGGUAAAAUCUGGCUCUCUGUGCUUUUUAUUUUCCGGGUCAUGGUGCUGGUUGUUGCCGCGGAGAGCGUCUGGGGGGACGAGCAGUCUGACUUCACCUGUAACACAUUGCAGCCUGGCUGUGAAAACGUCUGCUAUGAUCAGUUCUUUCCUGUGUCCCACAUCCGUCUCUGGUGUCUUCAGCUUGUCUUUGUCUCCACGCCAACACUCCUGGUUGCCAUGUAUGUGGCCUAUCGUAACCACAGAGAUAAGAGGAAGCUCCUUCAGAGUCCUGGUAGAGCUGGGUUUCUCAGUGCAAAGGGCCAAGAUGAGGAGUUAGAGACUCUGAAAAAGCGGAGGCUCCCAAUAGCUGGUGCCCUCUGGUGGACAUAUGCCUGCAGCCUGGUGUUCAGGCUGCUGUUUGAAGCAGGAUUCAUGUAUGCUCUGUAUGUGGUGUACGAUGGUUUCCAGAUGCCACGGCUGGUGCAAUGUGAUCAAUGGCCAUGUCCUAACCUGGUGGACUGCUUCAUCUCACGUCCAACUGAGAAAACCAUCUUCACUGUUUUCAUGGCCACUACCUCAUCUAUCUGCAUGGUCCUUAACAUGGCUGAACUUGUAUAUCUUGUCAUCAAGGCUGUCUCUAGGGGUCUGUGUGAUCAGAAGGAGAGGAAAUUAGGCAGCAGAGAGAAGAUGCGGAUCAGGACUAACCAGAAGUCACUUGUUUCAACCUGAUUUUGAAAUGUAGCUAGAAGACGGAGGGUGGAGAAGAAACUGAUAAAAACAUUGUCAUUUUAGAGAUAUAAUGCAUGUGUGAGAAUCAUAAAUGUAAAUACAACUCACAAAUUGGACAUUUUCAAUGAUAAUCUAUAGAAAAUCAAGGGGUGGAGAGGAUGUUAGCAUCUUAAAACUAUACUUUCAUGUUAAAUGAGGUUGUAUGUAGAUAAGCUGUUUAACAAAUAAAAAUAUAAAUACAUCAUGUGUAUUUAACUACAUGUGUUUAAUGUUGAAGUCAUUUUAAAUACUUUUUAUUCUGUUCAAUGUCCAGAAUCAUGUUCUAUAAAUUGUUUGUAGAAAGAAAAAAAUGGGGACAGCUACAAUUUCCUAUGAGUACAAAGCAAACAGACCACAAGAAGGCAGUAAUGUAAAGCAGCAGUCCCCAACCCCCGGGCCUUGUCCUGAUUGAAAGGUCCUGAUGAAAAGCCACUGAUGUACAAAUAUUUACAAAAAGUUGUAUUUUUCAUAAUAAUUAAUUGAAUGCAAAAAUUCUCCAGAUAACAUUUAAUCUUCUUUUCAUUUGACUGGUUAUGUAGUUUAUUCUUAUGAUAUUUAUGAUGUUUGUUUUUAAAGGAAUGAAAAAGACAAACCCAUGAAUUCUUUUGUUCUGUAAUGAGAUACUGUACUCUGCUGACCCCUGCUGGUGAGCAAACAGGUCUGCAACAAUUCCUUCCCCUACCCAGAGGGACUUUUUUUGGGUGACACAAAACUAAGUGAUAACAUAGGUGAAUAGAUGGUGUCACCCCAUUCUUUGUAGUUGUUAAGAAGCAACAACAAAAAACUUGUUUUCUUUUACAGAAAAAGAAAAAACUUUGCAACAUUUUGGAGUGAAAAAAGGUUUUUAAAAAAGCUACAGUGACAUUUAGAAUUUAUUUGUCUCUGCCUGCAUUCUUAAGACUGUGGAUGUUAUUUAUCACUCUACUUUUCAUAUUUAUUCCAGUCAACAUUUAUACUAUGAAUCACUUAAUCUCACAUGAAUACUGAGGUAGUCUUUUCUGUUUAAAAGAUGUGAAAAUGGGCUAUAUGUCAGUGUUUAAUUAUAAGGCUGUCAUUUGGUGGAUAGAAUUCAUUUUAUUGUACACUGGCGCUCUGGGCCAUAUUAAGCUUGGCCACACGGCUGACUAUUGCUGCAAGAUUUUCAUGUCUGUACUAAGCUUGGGAUAACUGGUUUUAGUUUCUGUGUUUUCUGCUUCUGUUUAUAUUUUGUCUUUACAUUUGUAUUUUGUUGUGUUUAAUUUCU